AUGAGUAGUACCCAGCCUACGCUUGUAGGCGAGGACGCUCCGCCUCUGAUGCUCAUCCUCGACAAUGAUAGCAGCCAGCUGGAAGAGUGGCUCGCCAGUCAUCCUCCUAGCCGUCUAGGCAUGCCUGCAGCCUUCAACAACGGCGUGGUCCCCCGUCCCCUCUGGGUGCUCGGCGUUCCUUCGAUGGACCAGCUGGCGGAGCUCUCGCACACUAUCACAAACGUGGAAACAUUUACCAAAGCCAAAGAGCUGACCCGUGAUGCUGCCGCCAAAGUCUCACAGAUCCAAAACAAUGACGAUAUCCCUGUCCGGUCUCAGGGCAAGCUUGCAAGCAAAAGCAAAAAGCAAUGCAGGACCGAGGUGCAAGACACCUUUCACGACCAGAUUAUUCACCUCGCUGCCGAACACCCCUUGUGCAAUCAGGGUAGAUGGACCAUCAUCAUGAAACCCUCGCAGAUCGACGGCGUUUUUGCCAAUCUCGCCAAGAGCCUUGUCUCCGGCGACUUGCGCAAGCAUGGCAAUAUCCUCGGUCUCCGUGCUCGAAUGCUCCCCUUCGAAGAGAGCACUUUCGACAUCAACAAGAGUGGCCCCAAACGUCCCAAGACAUCGCGCGGUCGCCGAAGCUCUGGCGGCAGUAGCAAGUCUGACGGCUCAGCUUUCGACGCACCUAAGGCAACGCUCGGCAUUGACGUAUUCUUCCGCCCUGCCUGGAACUCGUCGGCCGCUCGAGACGUGCUCAAGAUCAUCGCAAACGUCAGCGGCAGGAUGGCUUCGUUCUGCAAGUCUAGCCUACACUCUCGUCUAGGCAUCAAGAGCGGUCAUCAGCUGGCUACUCACACAAGCCUGUACACCUCCAAGGCGCUGACCUCGCCUGCUGAUGCAAAGCUCUGGACCCGAGAGCGCGGCUCCAAUGACGGCACGAUGGAUGAUGCUUCUAGCCAGGUUGAUGCUGCUGAAUCUUCGAGCAGAAGCCAAGCUUCCGCAUCUUCUCCAGAUACCGUCAUCUCCUCGCCUCCAGACAGGCCAGCCCCGCUGAAAACGACCAAGCGGCAGCUUGAGCAAGUACCGACCAUCGAUGCGACUUCCAAGGCAGAGAAACCGACUCACAAGAAAGCUCGCAACGAUGCGGGCGAAGCUGACGAGGAGCCAUCCCGCCUUAGGGCUGUCGAGACUACAGUUCCCAUGGUCGAAGAAGUUCCGGCAGGUGUCGAAGAGUCUCAGGAUGAGCCAAUGCUGCCCGUCCGAACCACUUCUAAUAUGACUGCACCAAACGCAACUCGAAGUGGCUUGCAGAUUGUGCUGGAGCCAGAACAGAACCAGCCAAACACGACCACUUCCGUUGCUCCUGAAGGACUCGAACAUGACGAUUCUCCAAAGCCUACCGCUUCGAGUGCCCAACCAAAGCACGAGGAAAACCAAAUCAAUGUCGAGGAAUCACAGACUCAGACGCAGAUCGAACCGGCACCUACUGUAGACGAAUCAGUCGUCGCAGAGAGUUCGUCGCUCAAGGAUCGGGAUCAGAUGAAAGAAGGCUUCUCGCCGCCUUCCAUGAAGCCAACCACUACGUUGAUUCCAAAGGUCAACACCGCAUACACGGUGUCUCACGCAGAGAAGGAUGGCACAGAGGUAAAGCCGAUUGACCAGCCGAGCCGAAAUUCGGCUGACGAACUGCAGGAAAUUCCUGCUGCUAACGACAACGGCCGACCGAGGGUAUCUGUCUUGAUGGCCUCCGAAGUAAAGACAGACUUGACUUCGUCGUUCACACCUGCAUUCAGCAUUGAUGCUGAAACGGCUCCACCCGCCGUUAAGGAAGCGCAGCAAGUGAGGGCUCCCCAGUCUACUUCCAGCAACGUCACGAUCCCCGGUUUGAGCGACCUAGUCGGGUUCGUCGCCGAACCCAUCGUCCAGCAGCAAGGCUUGAGUGGCGUGAGGGAUGAAAAGGAUGUAGCGCAGACCGUACAGGUCAAAUACGAGCCUUUGGUCGCCUCGAGCAAGCCUGGGACGCUCGCUGAACCCCCCGAAGUCAGUGGUGGCGGUGCUGCUGCUGUGGGCAUCGGUGCCCUCGACGAAGCUCCUUCUCAGUCUCCGCAGAAGGAAGAAAUGGCCGCCGAUAAUGGGCAAAGGAACUUCAAUUCUACUGUUGUGCCUCCCAAUGAAGAGGACAAGCACAAGACGAGCUCUGCUGGAAUUGAAGUCAUUGCCGAAUCAAGCCAAAAGGCCCUCAUGCCAGCUCAGGACGAAAAGACCGCUAUGCACGAAGACACGGGCGCACAAGCCAGUGAGCACGAGAAGUCUACAGGAAAGGCGUCAACGCCUUCCACUAGCGCUUCCGACCAAGUCAAAUCUGAUGAGACGGUACCGACCAAACACACAGUCAAACAGGGCGAGGAGAAAGUCCACCUAGUCGAGACAUCCACAAGUGACACAGCUAAGGUUGAUUCUCAGGCGGCGUCAGCUAGUGGUGGUGGAACAGCAGAGAUGACGCUUGAAGAGCUCAUAGUGGAAGGAGCCACGACAAGUCCGUAUGGCGUCGAGGACGACAGAACAAAGUGA